GGGUGGGAUCUGGUCGUCUGCCCAUCAAAGACGCCUCCGAAUUUCUCUGCUUCAUAUUGAUUUCUUAUCUCUCGCAAGAAACGUGCUUGCGCAUGCCGUUGGUAGUAGGGUAAAAUGAAAUAAAUAAAGGGGUUCGUUCCUGGUUUGCAUUCAAGCUUCUUCUUAGGGCACAGGGGCUCACGUGUAUCUUGGGUUUGCUUACUAAUCCGGCUGCCGGCUCACGUUAUUCCGUGUAUCCAAUCAGGUCGAUCGCGAUGGGUAAUGGCGGCUUUCUAUGGUUAAAAUAAAAACUUGCUGACAAGUUCGUAUCAGACAUUGCAUCUAUAUAUAUGAUAUAGAUAGACCAUGCUUCAGUCGAUCUUCUGCCUUCAGAACCCCAGUGUAUCCUUGCCUGAUUAAAAUCCGGCGUGGUGUUUGGCACAACCUGCGACCUUCGCCAUGGCAGCCUCCACCGGCAAGCUCCGAACUCUCUUCUCCGCCCAUUCUUCCCUCUCCGCCCGUCCCUCCUCCGCCCUACCUGCCCUCCGCUUAACUAUCCUGAGAUCCUAUGCAACGACCACUCCCCCUGACUCCUCCAUAUCCGAUCCCUCCAAUUCUUCCACCACAGUCAAGCGCCCACCGACAGCUUUCAAAGACAAACUAAAUGCCGGCCCUGCAUUCUCCGACUUCGUCUCUGGCAAAAAGGACGAGCCUCUAGACCCCGCCGAAGCAUAUGCCCUGAAAACAGCCCUUGUAGGACCAGCUGGCAGAAAGAAAGAAAUAACCCGCCUCCCCUCCUGGCUCAAGACGCCCAUUCCAGACUCUUCGAACUACAAGCGCAUCAAGAACGAUCUCCGGGGCCUAAACCUGCACACCGUCUGCGAGGAAGCCCGAUGCCCCAACAUCUCCGAUUGUUGGGGCGGCAGCUCCAAGUCUGCAGCCACGGCUACAAUAAUGCUCAUGGGCGACACCUGUACGCGCGGCUGUCGCUUCUGCAGUGUGAAAACAUCCAAUAAGCCGCCUCCGCUCGAUCCACACGAGCCAGAAAACACGGCUGAGGCCCUCUCGCGCUGGGGGCUGGGAUAUGUCGUGCUGACAAGCGUUGAUCGGGAUGACCUUGCGGAUGGCGGCGCGAGACAUUUCGCAGAGACGGUGCUGAAAAUCAAGCAGAAGGCGCCGAAUAUUCUCGUCGAGUGCUUGACGGGCGAUUACGCUGGGGAUCUCGAGAUGGUGGCCCUCGUGGCCAAUUCGGGACUGGACGUGUACGCGCACAAUGUCGAGACGGUCGAGGCGCUGACGCCAUUUGUCCGUGAUCGGCGGGCGACAUUCCAGCAGAGCCUACGUGUAUUAAAGGCGGCCAAGGCGACGAAACCGGAGCUCAUUACGAAGACUUCUCUCAUGCUGGGUCUGGGUGAGACGGAGGCACAGCUAUGGGAUACUCUGCGGGCGCUGAGGGCUAUCGACGUUGAUGUCGUUACGUUCGGACAGUACAUGAGACCGACCAAGAGACACAUGGCGGUCCAUGAAUACGUGAGGCCGGAUGUGUUUGAUAUGUGGAAGGAGCGGGCGCUUGAGAUGGGUUUCUUGUAUUGUGCAUCUGGUCCGUUGGUGAGGAGUAGUUAUAAGGCGGGCGAGGCGUUCAUUGAGAAUGUGUUGAAGAAAAAGAGGGGUAAGAAUGUUGGAAGUGCGAGUGGGAAGGGGACGACGAGUGAGAAUGUGGAGAAGCUGGUUGCGGGGGAGGCCGUGAGAUGAUUUAUUAUUUGUUUUAACUCCUCGAUAAGGCUAUUUAUGUUUGUGGGAAUUGUGAGGCCUGUCUGGGCUUUUUAACACGCGACAUCUACAUACGUAGUUUGGACCGAUGGGGUUGCUUCUUGGUCUUUGGCGUUUUGGUAUUUUCCCCUCUAGUUUCAUACAGACCACGACCUGUCAAUUUUUUUGUUUUCUGUUUAGAUGUAUAACAUGUCUUGGGAACGGCAUGAGAUUUCAACAAAUCUCACUCAGAAAGUUAACCGGGGAAUCAACCAAGCCCAUUUCGUUCUUGACUGGUUGCUAGAUUUUAAAAGCGUGUGUGAUUUUCCUCACCCCCAUCCGCAAACAUCCUCCUUAAGUGGUAUCAAUAUCUAGAACCCGACAUUACCUAGGAAUACAGGAAGGGAAUAUUUCGCAUGGCGAGACUGGUGACAAGAUAAUCCGGUUAUAUAUACUGCGGGGCGUGAAGUGAAGACUUCAAAGUAUGAGAAACAUGAGAAUGCUUCCAAAGCGCCCUGGAAAAUCCAGAGCCCGUGGCGCAAGAUUCGCCCGCAUAUGACCGAUGCUCAAAAUUCCCAAAAUCUAUUAAUAUAUUGACAUGUACACUA